AUGGCACGCUUCGUGAGAAUAUUUGCGCACCCUGUCCACUUUUCGAGCUCAUCUCGAUCUUCAAUUCCAGUUUUCCGAUCCCUAUGGCAUCAAAAGCUCGACUCCGUGUCUUUUACGCGGCUGGGCACUACAAUGUCCAAGAAACAUCGCGUCGAGUAUGACUGGAUCAAGGGUGUGGAGAAACUUGAAGAAUACCAGCCUGGGGGUUAUCACCCAAUCAUGGUCGAUGACGUGCUACAUGGCCGUUAUAUAAUUGCAGACAAACUUGGCUUUGGGGCCUAUUCGACGGUUUGGCUUGCCCGAGAUGCUUAUCUAAACCGAUAUGUUACUCUCAAGGUCUGCAUAGCUGACUCGAUUCAGCACGAGACGAAAGUCCUUAGGGCGUUGUCUGCUCAGCAUUCGUCUUCUUCACCGGUAUAUCACGGCCGUCAUUUAGUACCUGUCUUUCUACAUGAAUUCGAAGUGCAAGGUCCCAAUGGAAAGCAUAUAUGCUACACCGUGGACCCUGCACAAUGUAACCUCAGAGAGGUCUCUUUUAAUCGUCUUUUCCCUCUCGAAGUUGCUCGAGCACUAUCAUAUCGACUAGUACAGGCUGUUGCUUAUACACAUUCACGAGGCUAUGUUCAUGGAGAUAUUCAUUUGAACAACAUUUUGGUCAAAGCCCCAUCCAGUUUCGAUGAGCUUUCUAUCAAGAAAUUCUAUGAAACAUUUGGCGAGCCUGAGACAGUCCCUGUCACACGACGUGACGGAGAACCAUUAUCACCCAAUGUCCCGGCUAAAGCUGUUGUGCCGUUGUUCCUAGGGAAAUACGCGGAGAAAUUCUCGUCAUCCGACGCACACCCGCUUCUGAGUGACUUUGGUGAAGCGUUUUCCCCCGCUUCAGAUAUUCGUCUUGGGAAAGACUGCCAUACGCCAAUCGCGUUUCGAGCUCCAGAAGCCAAGUUCGAAUCGCGGAUCUCGCUCGCAUUUCCCUCAGAUAUCUGGAGUCUAGCUACGGCAAUCUGGGAGAUUAUUGGAAUGAUGGCCAUCUUUAGCACCGAUUUUAUGGAUGAGGAUGAGAUAGCGGCCCAGCAUGUCGAUGUAUUAGGGCCUAUGCCACCGGAAUGGUGGCAGCGCUGGGAAGGACGAGCCCGGUUUUUCCAUGAGGAUGCAUAUCCAAAGGAGUCCUAUAUGGAAAAUAAAUGGCCUCCUCUGGAGGAAUCAUUUGAGAUCGGUGUGCAGAAAUGGAGACGGAAAAUGGGAGGCGAAAUUGAGGAAGAGGAGAAAGCCGCGUUUCUGGAUUUGAUGCGUCGGAUGCUGUCAUUUAGGCCAGAAGAGCGACCGACUGCUGAAGAGGUGCUAAUGUCAGAUUGGAUGGUCAAAUGGGCAUUGCCUGAUUGCGAGCGGAACUAA